AUGGCUGCAAGAGGUGAAACAAAUGGUCUUUCUUCAACAACAUCAGAAUCCUCAGACUUGACAACGGUAUCGAUAAAUGACUUCGUUGGAAAUUUAAAUGAUAAUUCUGCUAGAUUUAAUACCACAUAUAACGAACGUAAUUUCAAUUCCAAUCAAAUUGAUGAUGAUGAAGAAGAGAAUAAAAAAUUGGAAAUAGUUAGAACAAUAACCAGUUUAACUCAUAAGCAAGAAUUAACUAAAUUAGAUACUAUAUCGAAUGAAAUUUCACGUCAAAUAACAAACAAGGAAGGAGAUUUUCAAUUAAAAUUGGAUGAGUUCAACCUUUUCAAAAUUCUAUCAAACUUUGUUUAUUUUUCAAAAAAACAAGGUAUUAAACUAAGAAAUAGUGGUGUCACUUUCAAAGAUCUUUGUGUUUAUGGAACUGAUGAAUCUUUUGCAAUUGUUCCUACUGUACUAGAUUUAUUGAAAGGUCCAAUCGGUAUAAUUGAAAAAAUUAUCGCUUCUGCUAGAACUCAAAAUAAAAAAAUUUUGAGUAAUUUAAAUGGUAUUGCUAAACCUGGUGAAAUGUUAUUAGUGUUAGGUAGACCUGGUGCUGGUUGUACAACUUUCUUAAAAUCAUUAACUGGUACUGAUUUUGAUUUAUAUAAAAAGAUUGAUGGUGAUAUUAGAUAUGAUGGUUUACCACAAAAGGAAAUGAUUCAUAAAUUUAAAAAUGAUUUGGUUUAUAAUCCAGAAUUAGAUGUUCAUUUCCCACAUUUAACUGUUGAUGAAACUAUAACUUUUGCUAUUGCAUGUAAAACUCCGAAUAUUAGAAUCAAUGGUGUAUCAAGAGAAGAAUUUAUUAAUGCUAAAAAGGAGAUAUUAGCAACAGUUUUAGGGUUAAGGCAUACUUAUCAUACAAAAGUUGGAAAUGAUUUUGUUAGAGGAGUUUCUGGUGGUGAAAGAAAAAGAGUAUCAAUUGCUGAAGCAUUAGCUUGUAAUGGAUCAAUCUAUGGGUGGGAUAACAGUACAAGAGGUUUAGAUGCUGCUUCAGCUUUAGAAUUUGCGAAAGCUAUUCGUACAUCAACAAAAAUCUUGAAAACAACAGCAUUUGUUUCAAUUUAUCAAGCAGGAGAAAAUGUUUAUGAAUGUUUCGAUAAGGUCACUGUUUUGUAUUUGGGUAGACAAAUAUAUUUUGGUAGAAUAGAAAAUGCAAAAAAGUAUUUUGAAAAUAUGGGAUGGCAAUGUCCUCCGAGACAAACUACACCUGAAUUUUUAACUGCAUUAACUGAUCCAAUUGGAAGAACUCCCAAACCUGGUUGGGAAAGUAAGGUACCAAAAACUGCUGAAGAAUUUGAACAACGUUGGUUAAAUUCAAGAGAAUAUCAAGAAUUAAUUAAUGAAAUUAAUGAAUAUAAUGAGUCAAUUGAUGAAGAUGAAAAAAGAUCUCAAUAUUAUGAAUCAAUUAAACAAGAGAAGAUGAAAUAUGCAAGAAAUAACUCACCUUUCAAUAUUUCAUAUUUACAACAACUAAAAUUAUGUACGAUAAGAAGUUCUCAAAGAAUUUGGAAUGAUAAAGCUUAUACUAUUACAUUAAUUUGUGCUGCUGUUUCACAAUCAUUAAUAGCUGGUUCAUUAUAUUAUAAUACUCCAGAAACUGUAUCAGGUGCUUUUUCAAGAGGUGGAGUUGUCUUUUUUGCUAUAUUAUUUAUGUCAUUAAUGGGUUUAGCUCAAAUUUCUGCAUCAUUUGCAAGUCGUCCAAUUUUAAUGAAACAAAAAAAUUAUUCAAUGUAUCAUCCUUCAGCUGAUUGUUUAGCAGAUUUUGUAAUGUCAAUCCCAAUAAGUAUUUUAAUUAAUACAUUUUUUGUUAUAAUUAUUUAUUUCCUAUCAAAUUUAUCAAGACAAGCUGGUAAAUUUUUUAUUUGUUAUUUAUUUGUUAUUUUGUUACAUCUAACUAUGGGUUGUAUGUUUCAAUCAAUUGCUGCUAUAAACAAAACUAUUGCUGGUGCAAAUGCAAUUGGUGGUGUUUUUAUGUUGGCUUCAUUAACUUAUUCAUCAUAUUUGAUUCAAAGACCUUCAAUGCAUCCUUGGUUUAAAUGGAUUUCAUAUAUAAAUCCUGUUUUAUAUGCUUUUGAAGCAGUUAUUGCUAGUGAAUUUCAUGGUAGACGUAUGGAUUGUGAUGGACAAUAUUUAACACCAUCUGGUACAGGAUAUGAAAACUUAAGUAGCGGUGAACAAGUUUGUGCAUUUACUGGUUCAAAACCUGGUCAAAAUUGGAUAUUAGGUGAUGAUUAUCUAUUUUUAUCUUAUACUUAUAAAUUUGAUCAUGUUUGGAGGAAUCUUGGAAUUUUGAUUGGAUUUUUAGCAUUUUUUUUAACAAUUACUUGUUUGGGUACUGAAUAUAUUAAACCAAUAUCUGGUGGUGGUGAUAGUUUAUUGUUUUUAAGAGGUAAAGUCCCCAAUAGAGUUGUUUUAACUGAAGAAGAAAGACAUGGUCAAGAUAUGGAAUCAGGACCUGCAGUUAGUCAAUUGGAUGAUCGUGAAUGUUCUAUUCAAGAACAAGAGAAUAGCGUUAAUGAUGAUAAUGUUGAUGAGUUUAAAGUUAAAGAUGUAUUUAUAUGGAGAAAUGUUGAUUAUAUUAUACCGUAUGAUGGAAAAGAAAGAAAACUAUUAGAUAAUGUUAGUGGAUAUUGUAUUCCUGGAACAUUAACUGCAUUAAUGGGUGAAUCUGGUGCUGGUAAAACUACUUUAUUAAAUACUUUAGCUCAAAGAAUUGAUUUUGGUACAAUAACUGGUGAGAUGUUAGUAAAUGGUAAACCCCUCGAUUUAUCAUUCAGUAGAAGAACAGGAUAUGUUCAACAACAAGAUAUUCAUGUUUCAGAAGUUACUGUUAGAGAAUCAUUACAAUUUGCAGCAAGAUUAAGGAGAUCAAAUGAUAUAAGUGAUAGGGAGAAAUUGGAUUAUGUUGAAAAAAUCAUUGAUAUAUUGGAUAUGAGAUUGUAUGCUGAUUCAAUUGUUGGUAAAAUGGGAAGUGGAUUGAAUGUUGAACAACGUAAGAAAUUAUCAAUUGGUGUUGAAUUAGUUGCUAAACCUUCUUUAUUAUUGUUUUUGGAUGAGCCUACUUCUGGAUUGGAUUCAUCUAGUUCUUGGGCAAUAGUUCAAUUAUUACGUAAAUUAGCUAAUGCAGGACAAUCAAUCUUAUGUACUAUACAUCAACCAUCUGCUACAUUAUUUGAAGAAUUUGAUAGAUUAUUAUUAUUAAAAAAAGGUGGUCAAACAGUUUAUUUUGGUGAUAUUGGGAAAAGAUCUAAAAUAAUUUUGGAUUAUUUUGAAAGAAAUGGAGCAAGACAUUGUGAAGAUGAUGAAAAUCCUGCUGAAUAUAUCUUGGAAGCAAUAGGAGCUGGUGCUUCCGCUGGUAAUGUUUCAAAUUGGCAUGAAAAAUGGUUGAAUUCAGAUGAAAGGAUUGAAACAGAUAAUAAAAGAGAUGAAUUGAUUGAUGAAUUAAGUUCAAAACCAUCAACUUUAACUAAAAAGGAAAUUAAAGAUUUAAAUAAUCAAUAUGCUACUCCUUAUUGGUAUCAAUUUCGUUGGGUUUGUGAAAGAAAUGCAAUAACAUUUUUUAGAGAUCCAGAAUAUGUAAUGGCUAAAUUAUUUUUAAUGACAAUUAGUGGAUUAUUCAUUGGUUUCACAUUUUAUGGAUUAAAACAUACAAUAACUGGAGCUUCAAAUGGUGCAUUUUGUGCAUUUUUAGCAGUUGUUGUUUCUGCUCCUGUUAUAAAUCAAAUUCAAGAAAAAGCUAUUAAUGGUAGAGAUUUAUAUGAAGUUAGAGAAAAAUUAUCAAAUACUUAUCAUUGGUCGUUAAUGAUUAUUGCUCAAACUUUAAAUGAAAUGCCAUAUUUAAUUAUUGGUGCAGCUUUUAUGUUUGUUUCAUUAUAUUUUCCAACUAAAGUUAAUUAUACAGCACUGCAUUCAGGAAUGUUUUAUUUUACUCAAGGUAUAUUCUUACAAGGAUUUGCUGUAUCAUUUGCUUUAAUGGUUUUAUAUAUAGCACCAGAUUUACCAAGUGCUAAUGUAUUAGUAUCUUUUUUAUAUACAUUUGUUGUUGCAUUUGCAGGUAUUGUUCAACCAGUUUCAUUAAUGCCAGGAUUUUGGACUUUUAUGUAUAAACUUUCACCAUAUACUUAUUUUAUUCAAAAUUUAACUUCAUCAUUUUUAGAAGGUAGAGAAAUAAGAUGUAAUGAAAAAGAAUUAUCAUAUUUUAAUCCACCUAGUGGUCAAACAUGUCAAUUUUUUGCAUCAAAUUAUAUAAAACGAGUUGGUGGUUAUAUUACAAAUCCUAAUGAUUCAAUAAAUUGUGGAUAUUGUAGAUAUAAUAAUGCAAAUGAUUAUUUGUUAACAAUUGGAGCUAAAUUUUCAUUAAGAUGGAGAAAUGUUGGAUUCUUUUUUGCUUAUAUUUUUUUUAAUAUUAUUAUUUGUAUGGUUCUUUAUUAUACUUUGAGAUAUAGUAGGUUUACUACAAAGGUUACAAAUGUUUUGAACAAUCUAAUUCCAAAGAAAAAGAAGUAG